AUGUAUGUUAAUGGAUCAUCUGCUCUUUCUCUAGUACUAACUUUGCACUCUUUGGAUCUGCCUCAGACAAGCAUUUACCCCGCGUUCAUAUUUGGCACCGCAACAUACUUGAUUAUCUUACUUUGUAAUCUAACAAUUGUCAUGACCAUUUGCUUGAAUAGAAAUCUUCAUAAACCAAUGUACAUAUUGUUGGUUAACCUGGCCAGCAAUGACAUAAUGGGUGCUACAACACUUUUUCCUCAGUUGUUAUAUAGCAUAUUGUCUCAGGACAGAUCAAUUUCUUACCCUGUCUGUUUCCUUCAAGGGUUUUUCGUGCACAUGUAUGGUAGCACGUCUUACUUAAUUCUUAGUGCUAUGGCCUACGACAGAUAUAUUGCCAUCUGCUCCCCAUUGAGAUACAGUGCCAUCAUGAAUAAUGAAAACUUAGUGAGGAUCAUAACAGGAAUGUGGCUCUUCAAUUUUAUUAUUAUAUUUGUCAUUUUCGCUCUCCUGCUGCCUUACAAGAUUUGCCAGACGCACAUUGCAGAUCUUAUCUGCUAUAACCCACCUUUAAUGAAACUUGUGUGUGAAAAUACACAAGUAAACAACAUCUACGGGCUGUUCACCUUGGUAUUAUACCACUUUAUUUCACUCUCUGCUGUGACAUUUACUUAUAUUCAGAUACUAAUCGCUUGUGUCACAAAGAGGCAGUCUGAUGCCAAGAUGAAGGCCGUUCAGACAUGUGGUACUCAUCUGGUGGUUUUCUUGUUCUUCGAGUUCAACACCUUUUUUCCUCUUAUUGCACACCGAUCUGAAUAUAUUCCAGUGUAUCUGCGCAGGGUUUUUUCUGUAUCUGUUUUUAUCUUUCCUCCUAUUCUGAAUUCACUCGUUUAUGGUUUUAAAACUAAAGAGAUUAGACAGAAAAUGUUCACUUGUUUGAAGAGAAAGAUAAGCAGCAUCUGA